AACAGGCCCUGAAGGCAGCACAGACUCCUCCUUCCGGGUGACCGAGCGGGAAGUUCAGAUGUUGUUCAGCUGAAAUGUUAAAAUAUUCCUGAGUUUUAGCUCAUUUAUUCAACACACAAAUCACUUCUGGGGACAUUUAACUGGGGAGCUCUGCAGCCAUGUCCAGUAACACUGAGGAGGGGAGCAGCUCUGCGUCCAAGUGCUUCGGACAGUUAACCUACACAGCAGAUGAGUACCAGGCGGUGCACAACGCUCUGCGACAGAAGCUGGGACCGGAGUACAUCAGCACCAGAGUGGCUGGAGGGGGACAGAGGGUGUGCUAUAUUGAAGGGCAUCGUGUAAUCAGCCUGGCUAAUGAGAUGUUUGGGUACAACGGAUGGUCUCACUCCAUCUCUCAGCAGAAUGUCGACUUCGUCGACCUCAUCAACGGGAGGUUUUAUGUCGGAGUCAGUGCGUUUAUCAAAGUACAGCUGAAGGAUGGCUCGUUUCAUGAGGAUGUCGGGUACGGAGUCAGUGAAGGACUGAAGUCUAAAGCUCUGUCACUGGAAAAGGCGAGAAAGGAAGCUGUCACUGAUGGCAUGAAGAGAGCACUGAAAUGCUUUGGUAAUGCCCUUGGAAAUUGCAUCCAGGAUAAAGAAUACCUCCUCGCCAUUAACAAGAUCACCAAACAGCCUCCUCCACCUCUAGACCCGGCCAAGACUAAGCGCUCUGAGGGUGAGCCCUCGGUGGAGAAAGCUCGGUUCUCCAGUCUGAUCCGGGAGGAAAAGCCUGCGUCUGCGGUGGGUCCUGGCAGGAUGCCGCUGGAGUCCAAAGUCCUCAACCAGAACCAGAACUAUUCAGAAGUUUACACUCCUAUUGCACCCAACCGGGGGAGUGAGAACGCUGGCUCCAGACCGACCGUGGGCGCAGUGGAUGUUGACGGUUCUGAAGCACACACGGACCCCAAACAGCUGAGGAAACUCCGACAGCAGCAGCUUCAGCAGAAGUUUAGGAAAGAGAUGGAGGCCAAGAGGCAGCAGCAGUAUCAGGAUCAAACCAAGUCAGAGGACACGGAGGUCCCUAUUGGACGAGGAUCCAGUGGAGGUCCGGAAGUUACUCCAGCGUCGACUGACAGCACGUCAGCUGGACAAAGGAAGCCUAGCAGCAGGGAAGAAUAUUUAGCAGAUGAUCCUGAGCUCUGGGAUUUCACUCUGGAUGGGAUUGAGGAGCUGAAUGUCCCUGCAGGAGGUCAACCAUCCAUAGGACCGAGGCCCAGCACGCCUGGGAAUCACCAGAUGCAGACGCGCAGUAAGACCCCUCAGAGAGCCCCAGGCAGACCUCCACAGGAGGCUCCAUCGUACAGCGGAGGACAGGGCCGCGGACACUUCAGACCUCAACAUCAGAACCAGCAUCAGGCCGGACCAGGUGAAGCCUUCAGUCCGUACAGACAAGGACAGUACAUGAAGAAACGCCGACUGGACACUUGAGAUUUCAUGUUACUGUUCCACAUCUUCAACACUUUGUCGAAUCCAGUUGUAUGAUUUUUACUAUUGUUUAUUUAUUUUAAUGUGCAGAGUCAUUUAGUCCACUUUGCAAUGAAUUGCUGCUAUUUCUUAUAUUUGGAGAAAUGUUAUUGUUUUUUUGUAAAGAAAGAAAUAAAAACAACCACAGUUCUGUCA